AUGGCCAUAUGGUCAAGACGAUUCAGGUGGAGUCAGUGGUGGUAUCCGGAGAAACAGUGGAGAAAUUUAUGUCUGGACUUCGGUGCAAGCUUUCCACCGCAUAGGAUCACAGUCGUAAGCGGGCUGACAGCAUCCGUUCGUAUAAGUACUUGAGGGAUGGAGGUGAUGGUUGACCGAAUUACAGCGUUGAACGUUGACUUUCAGAAUCUAUGAAGUAACAUCACUAAGCAACGCGUAAACGCGUCGUUCACAUGAUAUCGGCUGCCCCGCCUCUUACCGUCGAUAUAGUAGCUUCAAAAUUUCAAUAUGGAAUCUUG